GAAGAAAGGUGUGUUGACAUUAUUUAGUUGGCUUUCCAACAGUUCGGUAAAAGGCAGAGAAGGCGUCAUCACGAAACAUGAGCUGUCUUCAGACAUGGAUUUAGAAAAUUUACAUUAUGCAGAUGAAACGGAAGAUCCAUACGAGGUGGUCCUGCUGCCAGAAAAUAUACCGUCUGAGAAUCGUCUCUCACCUUGUCACGCUGUCCAUCUACCCACAGCAAUAGCAUUGAGUACCAUUCAAGACUUCUUGGAAACGACAAUUGUCAUCAGGAAAGACAAGAAAAACGAAUUAGGAAUUACAGUUUCGGGUGGGAGCGACACUUAUCUUGAACAAGUCUGCGUAGUCGAAGUACAUUCAGAUGGAUCGGCGAGUCGAGAUGGAAGAUUAAAAAGAGGAGACGUACUCUUAGCAGUGAACGACGUGUCUUUACGUGAUGUUACUGCAGCGGAAGCAGUCAAGAACCUAAGAGAAGCUACUUCACCUGUCCGUCUUCUAGUUUUGAGAGAAAAUCCUCAGACUUUAUUUACUAGUAACGAAAGUCCAUCCAAGUUUAUUACCGUGGAAUUCAGAAAAUCCAGUAUCAAAGAUAGACUCGGGCUGAGUAUCAUUCAAAGAACAAACGGGAGAGGAGUUUUUGUUACUUAUGUGCAACCGGGUAGUAUAGCAGCCAGACACGGUCGUCGCAUAAUGCAAGGUGAUAGAAUCCUAGAAAUUAAUGGACAAAAUGUUAAAGAUAGUAACCAGAAGGAUGUGGCACAGAUGCUACAGAGCAUGGACGGGGCUAUUGUACUACUCUUGGGACGAGUUCCGAGUUUGACUAGUUCCAUUCAAGAAUGGGCCAAGUGGAAGGCACAGAUAUGCUUAAGAACAAGAACCAGUACUUGGUCCGCUUAUACUGGAAACGCCAAAGAAAAAUUACAAACUCAAAGACCCAGUUUGCCUGUGAGUAAAGAGAGCACUUUAGGUUUUCCCAAUUGCGUAACCACGGUGUGUUCUUCUUGUGUGGAGUCCACAUUUCCUUCGCGUGAACCGAGUCCCAGUUCCAGCAUCAGAAGAUCGAGACUCAGCAUCGUGGCAGAAGAUUUCAAAAGUGCAACAGCUCAUACCGAAGAAGAUCAUCGCGAUAUCGACGAAUUUAACGCUAGCGGAUCUGAAAAUCCUCUCUUGCCCAGCAUUCUUGUUACCAGCUUUUGAAUAUUAUAAUUUUCAUAAAUUAAAUUCCGAUAUUCUUCUUUAAAAAAAACAAAAUACAAAAUACAAAGAAAAACGAACUGUGAUCGAUAAUAUAGUAAUAUCUACUUUAUCCGAUAAUCUCGAGUUAUAUCGCAGUUAUAUCGAAUGGCAUAAAAUGGCGAUUUUUAUGCAUUUUUUGCUGUAAAGAGCGUCUAUAUUUUUAUCAGCAAAUUUCAUCAGGAAUCGAAAAUAUAUUUGGGAACUGUACUGUAAAUAAUCCCAACUUUCCAUUGAAAAUAAUUGUAUAUUAUCUUACAAAAAAAAAACGAAAAAAACAAAAAAAAUACAUAAAAAAAGAAAGAAAGAAAAUAUUUUCUGAAAAUGACGAUACGAAUUUUCUAAUUGCACAACUCAAAAGCGCGUGUUUUUUGAUGAUAAAUGCGAAUUGUGCGAUCAAAUCACCCGUCCACUUCAGAGUAUUUAUGAACAAUAAUCAUUUUAAUGAUUUUUUCGCCUCUAGAUGGCAUUACUUAUUCUAAUUUAUGUUGUGAAUUUUCAUCUUUGAUUGUAAUUUGCAUUUUGUGAAUGAUUGAGUUGUGUUCGAUGUUCCAAUAUUUUCACUAUUCGAUUUCACCAAUGUGAAAUCAAUAACAUGCUGAACUAAAGGACCAUUCAAAUAUUGUCAGUAAUGACAUAGUAUAUAUAUAGAGUAACUUUUGUAUUCGUGUAUUUCCAUCUUAA